AUGGACAACAAUGGCGAGUUGGUCUGGCAGCAUACUGUCGAUGGCCAAGGGUACAAUCUGAAGGUUCAAGAAUAUCAGGGAGAGCAAGUUCUGACAUUUUGGGUCGGAAAUGAUGGUAUCGGCGGACAUGGUGAAGGCGACUAUUACGUGGUUCGUUGUUUCAUGUACUUUCCCAUGAGUCACACGUGGUUGCUGACGAGAGAAACGAAAGNNUAUAACUCAAGAUACGAGGAGAUUGCGAAGAUCUCGGCGGUGAAUGGGUUACGGGCAGAUUUGCACGAGUUGGUCAUUACGCCAGGAGGCACUGCUAUCAUGACUGUCUAUGAGGUCUAUGCCAUCACUGUCCCUGGCUUUGUGGACGAUACAGAUGUCAUCUGGAUCUGGGAUUGCCUCUUCCAGGAGAUAGAUCUAGAGACCAACGAGCUGGUCUUCCAGUGGCGAGCAUCUGAACAUCACAGUCUAAACGAGACAUUUCGCGAUAUCCAUGACGAGGGAAGAGAAUCCUCUCGUCCUUGGGAUUGGUAUCACAUGAACAGUAUUGAAAAGGACGAACUUGGCAACUAUCUGGUUUCGGCAAGGUACACGCAUACCAUCACCUACGUUGAUGGAAGCACCGGCGCCAUCAUCUGGAUACUGGGAGGCAAGCGCAACAACUUUGACGACUUGAGUGAGGGCAACAGCAAAGCGACUAACGUCGCAUACCAACACUUUGCUCGUUUCCACAAUUUGACAGAGUUUGCUGUCUUGUUGGCAGAUGAGAUAAACUUGCAUCCGACAAAAGAUGUAGAUGGAGUGACCAAAAUACUGGUUUCUGUUUUCGACAAUGGCGCCGACAACGAAGGGACCGGAGAUCGACCCUCUCGUGGUGUGCUUGUCGAACUCACAUACCCGAGCACAUACUCCUCAACCACAGAAAGCAAUUACACGGCAAAACUCAUCCAAGAAUACAUCCACCCCGCCCAAUUCAUUUCUUCAAGCCAAGGCAGCAUGCAAGUCAUUCCCUCAAACACAACCUCCGACCCACGAAUCCUCCUAGGAUACGGCUACGUUGGCGUAUACACCGAAUUUUGCGCCAACGGCACAGUAAUCUGCGACAAUCACUUUUCCACAAUCUCCUCGUGGGGCACGGGUGACGUGCAAUCCUACCGCGCACUCAAAGCCCCAUGGAAAGGCGAGCCAUCUUGGCCACCAGCAAUAACUCUAGAUCCAGAAACUCAAUCUUCAGUGUUUGUCAGUUGGAAUGGUGCUACAGAGGUUACAGCCUGGAAGUUGCAACAAACAAGCGACAGUGCAUGUACAGAUGAGGCGUGGCAAGAUGUUUCUAUGACAGCAAAACAAGGGUUCGAGACCGAGUUGACGAUUGAGGCGUGUGAAUUGCCAUAUUUGCGUGUUGUUGCGGUAAACGCGGAUGGGGAGGUGCUUGGGAUCAGCGAGACUGUCGAUCCUGGAUGGAUAGUGAGUGUCAAUGGUGUCUUUGGUGGACUGGAGAUACAUGCGAGUAGCUCACUGCAAGUGGCGAUGGUCUCUGUGGCAGCCCUCGCGCUCUUCGUCAUUGGCUACGAAGGGAUCCGACAGAUCAGGCGCUGGAGAAAGACGAGGAUGUUGGGUUAUGAGCAGGUGCAAUCUGUAUAG